CCAAGUCCGUAGGAAAACGAGAGCGAGUGAGGGGUCGGCUGAUGUCGACAGGCGCAGGCGCAGGCAGUGAGCGCGCGGCGACCUUACCGACCGCACGAGCGCACCAUGCGCGCGCACACCGCGAGUGAAUACCACCCUAACAUACAAUAUAGUGAAGUGACACUAAGGAUUUCCACAUUUAAACCCCGCUGGAGCUCGAUUUAAGCGAGGCGUAUAACCCGAGCUGGCGCAGGCGCAAGUCGCUGACCUUCGGCCGCCGCUCUGCACGCACCGCAACUUUUAACAAGAACAAAAUAUUCGAUACAAUAUUAAAAUAUCAACUUCGUUUGGCAUUUAUUGAUAUCCGCAAACCUUGUAGCGAGGAAAAUAGUAUGAAGUCUGACAUAAAAUAUACUUUGUCAAGCAGUCAGUGACUUUUAAGUUGAUCCAAGAUGGCGGCGUCGGGAGGGAAGCGCCGUGACGACGGCAGCGAUAAUUCAGACGACGAGCUCACACCACUGGCCAACGAGAUUUACGGCGGCAGCCAAAGAACCGUCCAAGAAACAAAAGGAUGGGACGUGUUCCGGGAGUUUCCGCCGAAGCAGGACAGUGGGUCGAUGGAGAGCCAGAAGUGCUUGGAGUUCACAGUGCGCCUGCUGAAGGUGUUGGCCUAUAUCGUAGUGUUCGUAGUGGUGCUCGGCUCUGGAGUUAUUGCCAAGGGCACAGUACUAUUUAUGACCUCGCAGCUGAAGAAAGAUAAGCGGUUAUCGUUUUGUAAUAGGAAUUUAGGUAGGGAUAAACAAUUUUUAGUCACUUUGCCAGACGAAGAGCGGGUAGCCUGGAUGUGGGCUCUUCUUGCGGCCUUUGCGAUACCUGAGAUAGGAACGCUCAUACGAUCAGUCAGGAUAUGUUUCUUCAAGUCUUCGAAACGGCCUACGAGCGCCCAGUUUAUUGUGGUGCUCAUAGCGGAGUCACUUCACACGGUCGGAAUGGCCUUACUUUUCUUUAAAAUUCUUCCCGAAUUGGACGUUGUAAAAGGGGCCAUGAUAACGAACUGUCUCUGCAUCGUUCCUGCAAUCCUGGGACUGUUGUCACGAAGCUCGAGGGAUUCCAAACGAUUUGUGAAAGUCAUCGUGGAUAUGGCCGCCAUAGUCGCUCAAGUCACCGGGUUCAUUGUAUGGCCGCUGUUGGAAAACAAACCUGUGCUGUGGUUGAUGCCGAUCGCUGCUCUGUGCAUAUCACUGGGCUGGUGGGAAAAUUACGUGACCAGGCAAAGUCCCAUUGGUAUAAUAAAAAGUUUAGGAAGACUGAAGGAGGAGCUAGCGUUGACCCGGUACUACACGUACAGAUUCAUCUCCGUGUGGAAGAUCGUAUUCUUUCUUAUUUGCAUUCUGUUCGCUCUCUGGAUGGAGGGCGACGAGCCCGCCAUGUUUUUCCAACUGUUCAACGCAGGGUUUAGUCCCCACAAUAUUGUGGUCGAAGAGGUUCAAAUUCAGUUAGGAGGCACGGUCAUACCGGACUUGGUCAAUGCUACUCUGACUGGAGAUUCGGUGGAAGUUCCAGCUGUGCACAAAUCUGCUUUUUACGUUCUUCUUAUCCAAGUUUUCGCAGCAUAUUUCUGCUACAUAUUCGGAAAAUUCGCGUGCAAAAUCCUAAUUCAGGGAUUCAGUUACGCGUUCCCGAUAAAUUUGGUGAUUCCUUUGGUGGUUAACAUGUUGAUCGCAGCCUGCGGAUUGAGGAAUGGAGAUACGUGUUUCUUCCACGGAACUAUUCCUGAUUAUCUUUUCUUUGAAAGUCCUCCAGUUUUUACUCUCAGCGAUUUUAUUUCCCGUCAAAUGGCUUGGGUGUGGUUACUAUGGCUGCUGUCCCAGACAUGGAUCACGAUACACAUUUGGACACCUAAGGCUGAACGUUUGGCUUCAACUGAAAAGUUAUUCGUGAUUCCAAUGUACAAUGGGCUUUUGAUAGACCAAAGCAUGGCGAUGAACAGGAAAAGAGACGACCACAAAGAUGUUAAGACAGAGGAUUUGGCAGAAAUUGAGAAAGAAAAAGGUGACGAAUAUUACGAAACGAUUUCGGUUCACACAGAUAACACUGGUUCUUCUCCUAAAACGGUGAAGUCAUCAGAUUCAAUAACGAGGAUCUACGCUUGCGCCACUAUGUGGCACGAGACUAAAGACGAGAUGAUGGAGUUCUUGAAGUCUAUCCUCAGGCUGGAUGAAGAUCAGUGCGCUCGUAGAGUGGCUCAGAAAUAUCUCCGUGUGGUAGAUCCUGAUUAUUAUGAAUUUGAAACUCAUAUCUUCUUAGACGACGCUUUCGAAAUAUCAGAUCACAGUGACGAUGAUUCUCAAGUCAAUCGGUUCGUGAAAUUGUUAGUCGAUACGAUAGACGAAGCUGCUUCCGAAGUACAUCAGACGAUCAUACGCAUUCGUCCUCCGAAGAAACUACCAGCCCCUUACGGAGGAAGACUGACUUGGGUUCUGCCAGGAAAGACUAAAAUGAUCUGCCACUUGAAGGAUAAGGCCAAAAUUCGACACAGGAAACGGUGGUCUCAGGUGAUGUACAUGUACUAUCUGCUUGGGCACCGGCUAAUGGAACUGCCGAUCUCUGUGGAUCGUAAAGAAGUGAUGGCGGAGAACACAUUCUUGCUGACCCUGGACGGAGAUAUCGAUUUCCAACCGCACGCUGUUAGACUGUUGAUUGACUUGAUGAAAAAGAAUAAGAACUUGGGUGCCGCUUGUGGUCGUAUUCAUCCCGUUGGUUCAGGUCCUAUGGUGUGGUAUCAAAUGUUCGAAUACGCUAUUGGUCAUUGGCUGCAAAAGGCGACUGAACACAUGAUCGGCUGCGUACUCUGUAGUCCUGGAUGCUUCUCCCUCUUCAGAGGAAAGGCUUUGAUGGAUGACAACGUGAUGAAGAAAUACACACUGCGCUCAGAUGAAGCCCGGCAUUACGUGCAAUACGAUCAAGGGGAAGAUCGUUGGUUGUGCACUUUGCUACUGCAACGUGGUUACCGUGUGGAAUACUCAGCCGCGUCGGACGCCUACACGCACUGCCCUGAAGGGUUCAGUGAGUUUUACAACCAGCGCCGUCGGUGGGUGCCCUCCACCAUCGCCAACAUUAUGGACUUGCUCAUGGACUACAAGCACACGAUCAAAAUUAACGACAAUAUAUCUACUCCGUACAUCGCUUAUCAGAUGAUGUUGAUGGGUGGUACGAUCUUGGGCCCUGGUACGAUAUUCCUUAUGUUGGUGGGAGCUUUCGUGGCCGCUUUCAGAAUCGACAAUUGGACUUCGUUUGAGUACAACCUAUAUCCGAUCAUGCUUUUCAUGUUCGUUUGCUUCACAAUGAAAUCAGAAAUACAGUUAUUGGUGGCACAAAUACUAUCGACAGCGUACGCCAUGAUUAUGAUGGCUGUGAUCGUCGGUACGGCGCUUCAGUUGGGCGAGGACGGUAUCGGAUCUCCUUCCGCUAUUUUCUUGAUCGCUCUUUCCAGUUCGUUCUUCAUAGCAGCGUGCUUACAUCCGCAGGAGUUUUGGUGCAUUGUACCUGGAAUAAUUUACCUGUUAUCUAUACCGUCUAUGUACUUGCUGCUGAUCUUGUAUUCUAUCAUCAACUUGAAUGUUGUUACGUGGGGUACGAGAGAAGUACAAACGAAGAAAACUAAGAAGGAAAUUGAGCAAGAAAAGAAGGACGCGGAAGAAGCCAAGAAAAAAGCCAAACAGAAGUCAUUGCUUGGUUUCCUUCAAGGGGUAAACAGCAAUGAAGAGGAAGGAUCUAUAGAGUUUUCGUUUGCGGGUUUAUUCAAAUGUUUGUUGUGUACUCAUCCCAAAGGAAACGAAGAAAAAGUACAACUGUUGCAUAUAGCUUCCACUCUAGACAAACUGGAGAAAAAGUUGGAUAUUGUUGAGAGAUCGAUCGAUCCUCACGGACUAGCUAGAGGUAGAAAGUUAUCAAUAGGUCAUCGAGGCAGCACCAACGGAGAUCAUGGAUUAGAUGCCCUGGCAGAGGGUCCGGAGGAAGACCGCGAUUCAGAUUCCGAGACAGAUACUCUUUCUACAUCACCAAGGGAGAGAAGAGAUGAUCUUAUUAAUCCAUACUGGAUCGAAGACCCGGAACUGAAAAAGGGAGAAGUUGAUUUUUUGAGUCCAGCUGAGAUACAGUUUUGGAAAGACUUGAUCGAUAAGUAUUUGUACCCGAUUGAUGCCAACAAGGAGGAACAGGCACGUAUAUCAAGGGAUCUAAAAGAAUUGCGAGAUUCAUCUGUUUUUUCAUUCUUUAUGUGCAAUGCCCUAUUUGUGCUCAUUGUAUUCUUGCUACAACUGAACAAGGACAACCUUCACUUUAAGUGGCCCUUCGGAGUUAAAACUAACAUAACUUAUGAUGAAAUUUCCCAAGAGGUAAUAAUUUCAAAAGAAUAUCUACAAUUGGAGCCAAUUGGUCUUGUAUUUGUAUUCUUCUUUGCUUUGAUCUUGGUCAUACAAUUUUCGGCUAUGUUGUUCCAUCGAUUUGGAACUCUUUCGCACAUAUUAGCAUCGACAGAAUUGAACUGGUUCUGUACGAAGAAGUCUGAAGAUUUGUCGCAAGAUGCACUACUGGAUAAGAACGCAAUAGCUAUAGUCAAAGACUUGCAAAAACUAAAUGGACUAGAUGACGAUUAUGAUAAUGAUUCAAGUUCUGGUCCUCAUAAUGUUGGAAGACGAAAGACUAUUCAUAACCUGGAGAAAGCAAGGCAGAAGAAAAGAAACAUCGGCACGCUGGACGUAGCGUUCAAGAAACGAUUCUUCAAUAUGAAUGCCAACGAUGGACCUGGUACUCCAGUACUUAAUCGUAAAAUGACCCUCCGAAGGGAAACACUGAAAGCUUUGGAGACUAGAAGAAACUCUGUUAUGGCCGAACGAAGAAAGUCGCAGAUGCAGACACUUGGGGCUAAUAAUGAAUAUGGUGUUACAGGAAAGUUGAAUAAUAACAUAGCUGUACCACGUCAUCGUGCAUCUAACGCGAAUAUCUCGGUCAAAGACGUAUUUGCUGAGCCCAAUGGAGGGCAAAUAAACCGUGGCUAUGAAACCGCGCUAGGUGAUGAAGAAGAAGCGAAUUCAAUGAGACUGCAGCCAAGAACGAACCAGGUGUCCUUCCAAGGAAGAUAUCAAUAAAAUAACUUGUGCCACUCAUAGGGCUGCCAAAAUGAAUAAACAUAGAGAGCUUACCAUAAACGAAUUUAGAUACUCAUUUUGUAUUUUUUAGAUAAAUAUUAAAAUUACUUUCAACAUCAUAUUGUUUGUGAUAUUUCAAUAUUUUGUUACACGUUUGUAUACACAUUUUAGUACAGACGUGACUCCCAACUUUUAGUAAAAUAAACGGCUUUAUUAUUGAUUAAGUAUAUUUUGUACACUGCCAAUUAAUAAAUAAGAUUAUAAGACAGAUGGUUUCAUUUUAUACAUGUAAUUAAAUUAU